AUGCUUGACAAAAAUCAGAUUUUUUUGGCGAUCUCUUUCCCUUGCCCACGUGUGAUGACAACCUUUCCUUUGGUUUUUGCACAUCUCAAUUACAAGGUAGAAGGCAUGGUUGGGAAGCAUGGCUCUUCAGGGUUAAACCAAAUUAAAGAUGCAAACCGAGGUGGGGUAUCGGAGUUGGCGAAGCAGCUCCGCCGAGGGAGGGAUAGACGGCAGGAAGGGCUGCAUCGGCGAUCUCUUUUCUUUUCUGGUUCGAUCGGUAUCCACUCACGAAGGGGGAGAAAGGACUUCGGUCCUCUGUCUUUGUCUGUUCAAGAAGAGGAAUUUGGUGGGAAGCAGUCACAAGGGUGGUUAUGUGGUGCUCGUGGAUCGAUGCUUCUUCUUCUCCGGGGAAUUCGUGGGUGUUUGUUUCUUGUGUUCUUGACCGGGAACGAAUGCAGAUGUGUGUUGACGAUUCAACCGGCGUUUGUUUUUGUCGUUGAUGGUAGUGUAAGUGAGGAUGAACUUCAAGAACUUAAGAAUGAGUUGGUGUUGAUUGUUGCACAGUUGCCAGAAAAUGCCAUGGUGGGGCUGAUUGUUUUUUAUUCAAUGGUGAGGGUGUAUGAUCUUGGGUUUACUGAGUGUUUAUGGGUGGUUGUCUUACAUGGUGAACACAAGCCUUCUUCUAGCCAGCUAUUGAAUUCGGUAUUCAAUCACAACUCUUGA